GACUUUCUGGCAUAUUUAGGUGUUGCAGGUUUUCCUUUCGACUGUAUUUCCGACUUUGAGUACAAUGGAGGAGAAGCUAACGUGAAAUAUAAAAUACGGUGAAUUGCUUGUGGGGAUUGGGUUAUUCUUUUUCUACUUUGAGGCUGUGUAAGUGGAGUUUGGUGGUCCAUUUUGGUCCCAUUGGAACUGUUUGAACAAUUGGUAGAAGCCUAGGCGUGAGGAAGAAAUAUCAAAAUUUUCUCUUUUGGGUUUUAUUGGGAUUGUUUCUUAGUGUUCAGAAACUUGAAUAUGUUGAGGAAACUCUAGGAGGAGGAGACAAAAAGCUAAUUUUUUUCAAGGUCUUCCGGUGUUGCAUAAGCUCUUGAGCUUCGAUCCCACCAGAAAUGAAGACCAUAUCUAAUUAGAAGAGAAACAGAGAAUUGAAAUGGAGGAUCUGUCCAAAUAUGCUCACAGCCCUGUUCAUGUGGCUGUUGCCCUUCGUGACUAUGCCUCCCUCAAACGCAUUGUUUCCACCCUCCCCCGUCUCUCCAAGGCAGGUGAGGUCAGCACUGAAGCUGAAUCCCUUGCUGCUGAGCUCCAGGCUGAUAUUGUCUCUGCUGCAAUUGACCGCCGUGAUGUCCCUGGCCGUGAGACUCCACUCCAUCUUGCUGUUCGGCUCCGUGAUCCCAUCUCUGCUGAGGUCCUGAUGGCCGCUGGUGCUGAUUGGAGCCUUCAGAAUGAGCAUGGCUGGAGUGCUCUACAAGAAGCCGUUUGCACCCGUGAAGACUCUAUUGCAAUGAUCAUUGCCCGGCAUUACCAGCCACUUGCCUGGGACAAAUGGUGCCGCCGCCUCCCACGCAUUGUCUCCUCUGCUGCUCGGAUUCGCGAUUUCUACAUGGAGAUAACAUUCCAUUUUGAGAGCUCGGUCAUCCCGUUUAUUGGUCGCAUUGCCCCAUCUGAUACCUACCGCAUUUGGAAGCGUGGUUCAAAUCUUCGUGCUGACAUGACCCUUGCUGGCUUUGAUGGGUUCCGCAUCCAGCGCUCUGAUCAAACCUUCCUCUUCCUUGGAGAAGGCUACUCUUCAGAAGAUAGUAAUAUAUCUUUGUCACCUGGUUCUCUGAUUGUCCUUGCACACAAAGAGAAAGAAAUAACUAAUGCUCUGGAGGGAGCUGGGGCUCAGCCUACAGAGGCUGAAGUUGCCCAUGAGGUAGCCUUGAUGUCCCAAACAAACAUGUAUAGGCCUGGGAUUGAUGUUACGCAGGCAGAGCUUGUUCCCCAUUUGAACUGGAGGCGGCAGGAGAGGACCGAGAUGGUAGGAAAUUGGAAGGCUAAGGUUUAUGAUAUGCUUCAUGUGAUGGUUAGUGUCAAGUCCAGGCGGGUUCCUGGUGCAAUGACUGAUGAGGAACUAUUUGCUGCAGAGGAAGAUGAAAGAAUGGUAAAUGGUGGGGAACAUGAUGAGUAUGAUGAUGUAUUGACAGCUGAGGAAAGGAUGCAAUUAGAUUCUGCUCUCCGGAGAGGGAAUUCUGAUGGAUUUGGUGAGGAUGAGGAACAUGGGGAUUUUGAUUCCCAAGAAAAUGACAAGGGAGGCUGCUCAGAAAGUUUUGAAUCCAAUGGUCUUGCCAAAGAAAAGAAGAGUUGGUUUGGCUGGAGCAAGAAGGGUUUGAAGAAUGGAAGUGAUGAUCCUGAGGAUUCAAAGAUUCUUAAGAAGUUCUCAAAGUUGGCCCCCGAAGGUAGCAACCAGAAACCUGUUGAUUGUCACAAGUCAUCUGAAUUUCCUAGGGAGGAUCUAGGGGAUGUUAAGAAGGGCAAAGAGAAAAGUAAUAAGAAAAAAAAGAAGAGUGCGGCCACAAGUGAGUCCAAGCAAGAGAAUGAGUACAAAAAGGGGUUGCGACCUGUUUUGUGGUUGACACCUGACUUCCCUUUGAAAACAGAGGAGCUCUUGCCUCUGCUUGACAUCUUAGCAAACAAGGUUAAGGCUGUUAGGAGACUCAGGGAGCUUUUGACCACUAAACUACCUCAUGGCACAUUUCCUGUCAAGGUUGCCAUUCCUAUUGUUCCGACCAUUCGGGUCCUUGUAACUUUCACGAAAUUUGAAGAGCUUCAGCCAAUAGAAGAGUUCUCGACCCCUCUCUCAAGUCCAGCACAUUUUCAGGAUUCCAAAGCCAAGGAAUCAGAGGGAUCAACAUCGUGGAUUUCAUGGAUGAGAGGGAGUCGAGGUGGGCAAUCAAGUGACAGUGAAGGUCGAAGUUUUAAGGAUGAGAUUGACCCUUUCCAUAUCCCACCUGACUAUUCUUGGGUUGAUGCCAAUGAGAAGAAGGGGCGGAUGAAGGCCAAGAAGGCUAAGAUCAGGAAGAGUAAGAAGCAAUCAGCAGCCAAAGGCAUAGAUAUGGGGCAUCAGGUGACUCAUGAUUUGGAAGAACAGUAGCAGAAGAUAUUGCUUUUUAUACAUUGACUCUACCAAUCCUUGCAAGAGGAGAAGGUAACGACAUUUAUGGAGAUCAACUCAAUUUUUUUUUUAGGAAUUGGAAGGAAAUGCCAGAGUUGCGUU